AUGGAGAGUUGGGGGAGAGAGAUGGAGAGUGGGAGAGAGGGAUGGAGGGUGGUGGAUGGAGUGAGGAGAGAGAGAUGGAGAAUGGGGGAGAGAUGGAGAGUGGGGGGAGAGAUGCAGAGUGAAGGAGAUGGAGCGUGGGAGAGGUGGAGGGGGGUAGAUGGAGAAUGGAACGUGGGAGAGGUGGAGGGGGGUAGAUGGAGAGUGGGGGGAGAGAGAUGGAGAUGGGGAGAGAGAUGGAGAGUGAGGGAGAGAGAUGGAGAGUGGGGGAGAGAGGGGGUGGGGGAGAGUUGGAAAGUGGAGGGAGAGGGAUGGGGAGUGGGGGACAGAGGGGGUGGGGGAGAGAUGGAAAGUGGAGGGAGAGGGAUGGAGAGUGGGGCAUGGAGUGGGGGAGAGAGAUGGGGUGGGCGAGAGGGAGAGUGGGGGGAGAGGGGAGAGAGAUGGAGAGUGGGGAGAGAGAUGGAGAGUGGGGGAGAGGGAGAAUGGGGGAGAGAUGGAGAGUGGGGGGAGAGUGAUGGAGAGUGGGGAGGAGAGAGAUGGAGUGGGCGGAGAGAGAUGGAGAGAGGGGGAGAGAGAUGGGGUGGGGGAGAGAUGGAGAGUGGGAGAAAAAGAUGGAGAGUGGGGGGAGAGAUGGAGGGGGGAGAUGGAGAGUGGGGGGAGGGAGAUGGAGAGUGGGGGGGAGAGAUGGAGAGUGGGGGAGAGAUGGAGAGCGGGGGAGAGGGAUGGAUGGUGGGGGAUGGUGGGGGCAGAGAGAUGGAGAGUGGGGGGAUAGAUGCCGAGCGAGGGAGAAGGAGCGUGGGAGAGGUGGAGGGUGGGGGAUGUGCAGAGUGGGGAGAGAAAUGGAGAGUGGGGGGAGAGAGAUGGAGAGUGGGGGGAGGGAUAGAGGAUUGGGGAGAGUGGGGGAGAGAGAUGGAGAGUGGGGGGAGAGAUGCAGUGUGAGGGAGAGUGAUGGAGAGUGGGGAGGAGAGAGAUGGAGAGUGGGGGAGAGAGAUGGGGUGGGGGAGACAUGGAGAGUGGGAGGAGGGAUAGAGGAUUGGGGAGAGGGAGAGUGGGGGGAGGGAUAGAGGAUUGGGGAGAGUGGGGGAGAGAGAUGCAGUGUGAGGGAGAGUGAUGGAGAGUGGGGGCAGAGAUGGAGAGUGGGGGGAGAGAUGGAGAGUGGGGUGAGAGAUGGAGGAGGGGAGGGAGAGUGGGGGGAGGGAGAUGGAGAGUGGGGGGGAGAGAUGGAGAGUGGGGGAAGAGAGAUGGAGAGUGGGGGGAGAGAGUGGAGAGUGGGGGAGAGAGAUGGGGUGGGGGAGAGAUGGAGAGUGGGGGAAGAGAGAUGGAGAGUGGGGGGAGAGAGAUGGAGAGUGGGGGGAGAGAUGCAGAGUGAGGGAGAGUGAUGGAGAGUGGGGAGGAGAGAGA